AUGCCGUUUGUUGAAGUAAUAAGACGCUCACGACUAGAAAUGCUUGGGAAGAGACAUGCUUGGGAAGAGACAUGCUUGGGAAGGGACAUGCUUGGGAAGGGACAUGCUUGCGAAGGGACAUGCUUGCGAAGGGACAUGCUUGGGAAGAGACAUGCUUGGGAAGAGACAUGCUUAGGAAGGGACAUGCUUGGGAAGGGACAUGCUUGGGAAGAAACAUGCUUGGGAAGAGACAUGCUUGCGAAGGGACAUGCUUGGGAAGAAACAUGCUUGGAAAGAGAUAUGCUUGGGAAGAGACAUGCUUGCGAAGGGACAUGCUUGGGAAGCGACAUGCUUGGGAAGGGACAUGCUUGGGAAGGGACAUGCUUGAGAACAGACAUACUUGGAAAGAGACAUGCUUGGGAAGAUAGAGACAUGCUUGGGAAGAGAGAAACAUGCUUGGCAGGAGACAUGCUUGGAAAGAGACAUGCUUGGGAAGAGACAUGCUUGGGAAGCGACAUGCUUGGGAAGAGACAUGCUUGGAAAGAGACAUGCUUGGGACGAAACAUGCUUGGGAAGAGACAUGCUCGGGAAGAGAUCAUAGUACUCACGGUUUAUCCGGACACACAAUGA